ACAUGGCGGCUUCCACCGUGUGUCAAUUUUUGAAGUACGUGAAAAUUAAAAAAUUCCUAAUUAUUAGGCAAAGUAAUGGAAUAUGUACGAAAUGCAGACCUUUAUAUGUUCAAGGCCAAUCGCCGGAACCAAAAAUUAGAGAAUAUUUUUAUUAUAUUGACCAUCAAGGAAUGUUAUUUUUAGAUGAUUCAAAAAUGAAGAAUUUUACCUCCUGUUUUAAAGAAAAAAAAUUUCUAGAGUUUUUCUUCAAGAGAAUUCGCAUCAAUGAUACAGGAAGAUAUGAAAAGGAAUUUCCAUACGUUUCUCCCUGUGGACGGGAACGUAAUUACAUUCGUUGUGAUGAUACACCUAUCGUGUAUACACAUAUUAUUGAAAAAUCAAAUGACGAUGGGCAGUAUUUUUUAUCGUAUGGACACGCUGCCGAUUUGUUAAUAAGGCUAUUCGAACCAAACAAACUCUGCAUGUUUCCAGAGAGUGGAAGAGUCUACCAUCCUGCUGACGAAAGGGUCGGUGGAGUAGGACUCGUAAAAUCUUCUCUUGCCAUAGAAUUGAGCAAAUACUUUAGUUUUGAAGCUGGUUCGGAUCAGAUGCCAACACAUUUCACUUGGAAAGAGGAAAAGCAUAGGCUGACCCAAGAAGUAGUUGAUAUUUUAAGAAAGAAUAAUAAAAUACAAAACUGUUAAAAUUAAAAACAGAUAUCCUUCCUUUGAUAAAUGUUGUAAACGGUACGAAUCGACAAAAUUAUUCAUUAAUUAAUUGCUUGGAGCAAAAACAACAAAAUUAAAUACUUAAAUGUUCCAAUUUCGAUACUCAAAUGGGUGAAGACUUAAAACUUCAACUAAUUUAAAUCAGAUGCAUUUAUUUACAAUUCUAGUAUCGUGUCGGUUAUAAAACAUUAAUGCAUUUCGGAGUCAUUGUACUGUUAUUUAAACAAACGAGACAAUUUUAAUAAUUACAGAAAUCUAUUUAUAGAUAUUAA